CAUCACAGGGAUCAAUACAUAAACUAGCAAUGGCUCGUUUUGUUAGUUAUCUAAUACUUAUCCUGUUAAUGUCAUCAGAGUUAAUUAAAAUUACGUCUGUCACUUCUGUAUGCGAAUUGGUAUUCCAGUACUUCCCUGACUGCAUGGAUUUUCUCUCAGGCAAAUACUAUAAACCAUCAAAGCGAUGUUGCCUGCACAUUUUCAAACUCAAUUUAAUAGCUAGGCAUGGAAUUGGACCAAAGUGGAUUUGCUGGUGCAUUGAACUCAUGGUGACAGGUUGGCCGAUGAAUGCUACCCGAAUCCAGGAACUUCCAGUCAAGUGUCACACACGUCUCAGUUUCCCCAUUUCUGAAAGGAUGGACUGCAAUAAGUAGGGCAUAGAUUUGAAAGGAUCAAGCAGCUCUGUUGACAGAGAUGCUAUUAUAAAAUAUGUAUAGUUUGAUUUAUGUUUAAGCUACAUGCCUAAUCCGAAGGAUAUGGAAAAUGUCUGAUACUCUGCAUGUCCCAGCUUCCAGAAACAGCUUAUAUAGUAGAAUCAAGAUUCAAGUAUUUCGAACUCUAAUAAAAAUAGGAAUUUAAAUUCUGUAUACCAAAAACAAUUAACCACUAAGAAAGUUAUUCCACAA